UCGGUUCUGUUCACAGUCAUCUCCAUGCUGCACUUUGUAGACCAGAAGACUGUCAGUCUGUCCAACAUGGACCUGAUGUUUGGCUCCAUGAUCUCAGUCUGAUGUGUCCUUCAUAUAUUGUUCUGUUCCAGCUGCUGGAGGACAACAUUGUUACUUUUGUGAAGAACGAGCUGAAGAAGAUCCAGAAGGUUCUGAGUCCAGAUUACCCAGAAGGCUUAGAGAGUCAGUGGGAGGAUGAGGAGGUGUUGGAAGGUGAGGAUAAAGAGAAGAGGAGGAGCAACAGAGAGGCUUUUGUGAAGAUCACACUGAACUUCCUGAAGAAGAUGAAGCAGGAGGAGUUGGCUAAACGUCUGCAGAGCAGACUUUUUUCCUCAGUUUGUCAAAAUAAACUUCAAUCUGGUCUGAAGAAGAGGUUCCAGUGUGUGUUUGAGGGGAUCGCUAAAGCAGGAAGACCAACCCUUCUGAACCAGAUCUACACAGAGCUCUACAUCACAGAGGGAGGGACUGGAGAGGUCAAUGAUGAACAUGAGGUCAGACAGAUUGAAACAGCAUCCAGGAAACCAUACAGACCAGAAACACCCAUCAGACAAGAAAACAUCUUUAAAGUCCCACCUGGAAGAGAUCAACCAAUCAGAACAGUGAUGACAAAGGGAGUGGCUGGCAUUGGGAAAACAGUCUUAACUCAGAAGUUCACUCUGGACUGGGCUGAAGACAAAGCCCACCAGAACAUCCAGUUCAUAUUUCCAUUCACCUUCAGAGAGCUGAAUGUGCUGAAAGAGAAAAAGUUCAGCUUGGUGGACCUUGUUCAUCACUUCUUUACUGAAACCAAAGAAAUCUGCAGCUUUGAGGACUUCCAGGUUCUGUUCAUCUUUGAUGGUCUGGAUGAGAGUCGACUUCCUCUGGACUUCCACAACAAGGAGAUCCUGACUGAUGUUACAGAGUCCACCUCAGUGGAUGUUCUGCUGACAAACCUCAUCAGGGGGAAACUGCUUCCCUCUGCUCGCCUCUGGAUAACCACACGACCUGCAGCAGCCAAUCAGAUCCCUCCUGAGUGUGUUGGCAUGGUGACAGAGGUCAGAGGGUUCACUGACCCACAGAAGGAGGAGUACUUCAGGAAGAGAUUCAGAGAUGAGGAGCAGGCCAACAGGAUAAUCUCCCACAUGAAGGCAUCAAGAAGCCUCCACAUUAUGUGCCACAUCCCAGUCUUCUGCUGGAUCACUGCUAUGGUUCUGGAGGAUGUGUUGGAGACCAGAGAGGGAGGAGAGCUGCCCACCACCCUGACUGAGAUGUACAUCCACUUCCUGGUGGUUCAGACCAAAGUGAAGAAGGUCAAGUAUGAUGAAGGAUCUGUGACAGAUCCACACUGGAGUCCAGAAAGCAGGGAGAUGAUUGAGUCUCUGGGAAAACUGGCUUUUGAUCAGCUGCAGAAAGGAAACCUGAUCUUCUAUGAAUCAGACCUGACAGAGUGUGGCAUCGAUAUCAGAGCAGCCUCAGUGUACUCUGGAAUGUUCACACAGAUUUUUAGAGAGGAGAGAGGGCUGUACCAGGACAAGGUGUUCUGCUUCGUCCAUCUGAGUGUUCAGGAGUUUCUGGCUGCUCUUCAUGUCCAUCUGACCUUCAUCAACACUGAGGUUAACCUAAAGGAAGAGCAUGCAAGCAUCUCUUCUUGGUUGAAAUUAUUAUAUGAGCCAAGUCUCCAUCAGAGAGCUGUGGACAAGGCCUUGCAAAGUCCAAAUGGACACCUGGACUUGUUCCUCCGCUUCCUCCUGGGUCUUUCAGUGGAGACCAAUCAGACUCUCCUGCAAGGUCUGCUGACAAAGAUAGGAAGGAGCUCACGUAGCAACGAAGGAACCGUUCAGUACAUCAAGGAGAAGAUCAAUGAGAACUUGUCUGCAGAGAAAAGCAUCAACCUGUUCCACUGUCUGAAUGAACUGAAUGAUCGUUCUCUGGUCCAGAAGAUCCAACAGUGUCUGAGUUCAGGAAGUCUCUCCUCAGAUAAACUGUCUCCUGCUCAGUGGUCAGCUCUGGUCUUUAUCUUACUGUCAUCAGGAGAAGAUCUGGAUGUGUUUGACCUGGAGAAAUACUCUGCUUCAGAGGAGGCUCUUCUCAGGCUGCUGCCAGUGGUCAAAGCUUCAAACAAAGUUCUAUUGAAGAACUGUAACCUCUCAGAGAGAAGCUGUGAAGUUCUGGUCUCAGUUCUCAGCUCCCAGUCCUCUAAUCUGAGAGAGAUGGACCUGAGUAACAACAAGCUGCAGGAUUCUAGAGUGGAGCUGCUGUCUUCUGGACUGAAUAGUCCAAACUGCAACAUGAAAACUCUCAGAUUGAAGAACUGUAACCUCUCAGAGAGAAGCUGUGAAGUUCUGGCCUCAGUUCUCAGCUCCCAGUCCUCUAAUCUGAGAGAGAUGGACCUGAGUAACAACAAGCUGCAGGAUUCUGGAGUGGAGCUGCUGUCUUCUGAACUGAAGAGUCCACACUGCAACAUGGAAACUCUCAGACUGAAGAACUGUAACCUCUCAGAGAGAAGCUGUGAAGUUCUUGCCUCAGUUCUCAGCUUCCAGUCCUCUAAUCUGAGAGAAAUGGACCUGAGUGACAACACGCUGCAGGAUUCUGGAGUGGAGCUGCUGUCUCGUGGACUGAAGAGACCACACUGCAAACUGGAAACUCUCAGAUUGAAGAAGUGUAACCUCUCAGAGAGAAGCUGUGAAGUUCUGGCCUCAGUUCUCAGCUCCCAGUCCUCUAAUCUGAGAGAGAUGGACCUGAGUAACAACAAGCUGCAGGAUUCUGGAGUGAAGCUGCUGUCUUCUGGUCUGAAGAGUCCAAACUGCAAUUUGAAAACUCUCAGACUUAGAUCCUGUAACCUCUCAGGGAGAACUUGGGAAGUUCUGUCAUCAGUUUUUAGCUCCCAGUCCUGCUGUCUGAGAGAGGUUGACCUGCAGAAAAACAACCUACAAGAUUCAGGGGAGAAGUUGCCAUCUGGUUCAGACUGUACAAUGGAAAUAUUCAGGGAGCCUGCUGGAGUCCGAUGGUUGAAACCAGGUCUGAGGAAGUAUUCCUGUCAGCUCACAAUCGACACAAACACAGUGAGCAGGAAACUUCAACUGUCUGAAGACAACAGGAAGGUGACAUGGAUGGAGAAGCUUCAGUCAUAUCCUGAUCAUCCAGACAGAUUUGAUGAUUGGCCUCAGCUGCUGUGUAGUGAUGGUCUGACUGGUCGCUGUUACUGGGAGGUUGAGUGGAGAGGAAGAGUUUAUAUAUCAGUGAGUUACAGAAGAAUCAGGAGGAAAGGAGGCAGUGAUGACUGUUUGUUUGGAUUAAAUGAUCAGUCCUGGAGUCUGAGAUGCUCUGAUUAUGGUUACUCUGUCUGGCAUAAUAGUAGAGAAACACCCUCCUCCUCCUCCUCCUCCUCCUCCUCCUCCUCCUCCUCCUCCUCCUCCUCCUCCUCCUCCAUCUCUAACAGAGUAGCAGUGUAUGUGGACUGUCCUGCUGGCAUUCUGUCCUUCUACAGAGUCUCCUCUGACUCACUUUUCCACCUCCACACCUUCAACACCACAUUCACUGAACCUCUUUAUCCUGGAGUCUGGUUGUUUCCUGGUUCCUCAGUGUUUCUGUGUUGAGUCUAAAGAGUCUCCUCCUGUCAGAGAAACACUCUCACUGUUGAACAGAUAGUUCAGUCUCUACAUGUCUGUCUCUUUCACUCAGAAACAUUUUCACAUUCAGUCGGUUUCUUUCUGAAACUCUUGGAAAAGAUUCCUUGUAAACUUCGUCCUCUUCCAGUCCUUUAAAGAUGGAAGCUGGGAUUAUUCCAGGAUCCAAAGGUUUGGUUCUGUUUCCAGUCAAAGCUUCAUUUAGGGUUUUUCCUCCAAUGUGCUUCCAGUGGCUCUUAAUAUCACCAUCAGAUGACAUUUUAACAUUUCUAUUUCCAAUCUUUUCUGUCAUGUUUCUUGUUUGUGUCACUAAUGUAGUUUUUCUUCAUUUGAUCUGAACAGUUUUGUACUUUAGUCCCAGAUAAACAGGCUGCCUCCUCAGGAUCUGUGGGCUGUGAAGCUCAGGGUUUCUGGAACUGAUUUGUGAUGAAAAAUGAUGACGUGAGCGUAGCUGCUGUUUUAACUGCCCAGGUGGUUGUUCAGUUCCUCACUGUUAGUAUCUGCUAUGUUUUAAUGAGCCAGAUCAGUUCACAAUAUGACUUCUGAUGAGACUGUUCCUAAAAGAAGAAUCAUUCCAGACUAUCUGUGGCUGAACUGCAGAUGAUGGAAAUGUAAAUAUUGGAGAAUAAAACAGUAUUUGCUACCAGU